AUGAAGACGGUCAAGGCUCACCCGCGCAGCGUCCUGUUGGACAAGUACCUCCCAGGUGUGGGCUGUGGCAACAGCUGCGGCGCGGACGGGUGCGGGGUGGGCGUGGCGCCCGCGUGCGGCGACGCGUGCUGCGGGGUCGCAGGCGCCAGCUGCGGGGGCAUAGCCGGAACGACGAUGUCGUAUGUGGGCGCAGGCGGCGACUACAUCGCCACCACCACCUACCAGUACGUGGGCCAGGGCGCGGGCACCUUCACCGUGGUGCCGAUCCCCGCGGCCGGGUGCAGCGUCUGGUGGCUGUGCUGCCUCUGGUGGCUGGCGCUGCUCCCCUUCCUCUUCCUCGCGGGGACCACCACGACCACCACAACAACGCCCCCCAUCAUCAUCAGCACCCCGCCUCCAGAGACCCCGCCGCCCAUCGUGAACCCCACGCCGGCGCCCCCCGGGCCAGGGCCCGCGAAGCAUUGCAAGAUCUUCGGCGACCCGCACGUGAUCACGUUUGAUGGGCAGUCAGCGAGCUUCUACUCCCAGGGCGAGUACUGGACCGUGAAGAGCACCACCGUCUGGAUCCAGGGCCGCUACAUGCCGACUCCAGUGACCAACGGCCUCUCCGUCAUGAAGGAGGUCGCGAUCGGCGGCCCCUUCCUGGAGAGCAAGGACGGCACGAAGAACAUCCUCCGCAUCUCCUCUCUCAGUGCGACCUUCAACGACGUCCCCAUCAUCGCUGGCUUCCCGGACGCCUGGGAGAACCAGGAUCCGAUGAUCAAGGUAGUCUCCGACGGCAACGGGCAGGUGAUGCAGUCGAGCCGCUACGGCAAGCAGCUGCGCGUCGUGCACGUGGACCUGCCGCUGGGCGUCCACCUGGAGAUCAAUCGCUGGAACGAGCCAGGCGAGGGCGACUACAUCAACACGAUGAUCACCAUGAGCAAGCAGCCAAACCAGGAUGGGCACUGUGGAAACUACAAUGGUGUGACCGAGGACGACACCCGGCCGCAGAUCCGUGCCCGCAUCGGCACCACGGGUGUCCCGCAAGAGGAACUGCUUUUCCACACCAAGACCCCCGUGACGCCCGCGAACCGGCCGGACAUCACCAAUAUGCCGAUAGACAAGACUGAGAGGGCCGAGGAGCUCUGCACGGGGAAGUCUAAGACCGGCAUUCCCAACAAAGACUGCAUGAUCGACGUGUGCUUCGGAGGGGAGCACUUCGCAGACAUGACCGACUACGCCGUCAAGGAUUCAGAGAGGCAGAACAUGGAUGAGACGGAGGCGGAGGACGAGGACGAGCCGGGCCUUCUCACCAGAGUGUUCGGGGCCAAGCCGACCGAGGAUUCGGGCUUCCUGACGCGAGUGCUGGGCCCAAGUCCGACAGAGGAUUCUGGUCUCUACACCCGCGUGCUGGGCCCGGGUCCCACGAAGGGCGCGGGGCUCGUGACGCGCGUGCUGGGCCCGAAGCCGCGGGAGGGCGCUGGCUUGCUGACGCGUAUACUGGGCCCAGAGCACGCCCUCACGCGCGCCCCAGGUAGCCCCGGCGCCGUUCCCGAUGGCGCGCCUGGCCCUUGGGAGUUUGGCUUCGGCGGCGGCUCUCCCAGCGGCGUGGGCUCAAAGGCCCAGCCGGCCGAUGAGCGGCGCACCUCCUGGCCGCACGUGGUGCAGGCGGCUGCUGUCGGACCGCCAGGCACGGACCCGCAGCUGCAUCCCGCCCUGGCUGGCGUUGGACCGCCGGGCACGGACCCGCAGCUGCAUCCCGCCCUGGCUGGCGUUGGACCGCCGGGCACGGACCCGCAGCUGCAUCCCGCCCUGGCUGGCGGCGCGCUCCCGGCGAGCCCGUGGCCGCACGACGUUGCUGGCGGUGGCUCUGGGCAGGGAGCCGUGGGCCGAGAGGUCGCGGUGCCUGGCACCGACCCCCAGCUGCACGGCUGGCCGCCGCAGGGCGUCCCCGGCACGGACCCGCAGUUGCCGCUCUCGCAGGGCCCGCUCCGGGACACCACCGUGCAGGAAUUGUCCGACGUGCGGCGCGAGAUGGAUCGCCUCCGCGCCGAGGCGUCUGCCCCAGUGCAGGCGCCGACGGCGGUGCUGCGGCCGAGCGCGCCCCUCACGGUCCACGUGAUGGAGGCUGGCAGUCGCUGGAUGAUGGGCUCGUUCGACACGAGGUGGCAGCCAAUACGCCCUCUGCAGAUCUCACAGGAGACCAAGGACUCACCAUUGCCGAUCUCGAGCAGUUCAUCGUUUUCUUUGCCACCGCAACGCCAGCUGCAGAAACAGGACACGGCCUUCGAGAAGGUUCAGCUACAGCUGGACUUCCAUAUGGGCCAGAUUGAAAAGUUACAGCAAUAA